GAAAUUAUGCAGUCGACCGUCCUAAGAUCUGAGAUAGGAAAUUAUGCAGUCCAGCUUUGAUGCGCGUUCACAAUAUAAAGUACGUGUUAAAUCGUCAAAACUGCCAAUAGCUCCACCUCCAGCCUCGUACGAGAGAUGGAUGCGCAAUUGGUAGACCAUCAUAGUAAGGCAACACUUCUGGGCAUCGUUUCUUCUCCCAGUACGGCCAACUGCAGCCUGAGUGCAUGGCAUCAUAGUUCUCUCCCGUUGUCAGCGCAACAUCCUCGACAGGAAUAUAGUGUAUCUGGAAAGGAAUCAUCCACCCCAAACCUUCGAAGAUUUACCGGUCCUCUCACACAUCAAACAUCCCCACUUACCGCUCCAAAUAUUACCUCCUUUAACCACCCGAUCCCCCUAAUCCUUGUCCCCGACUUGACUACGCUCAUUACCCGACCCGACCCCUACUCAAUUUCCGGAGGCGCAUGCGGAGAUAUCUACAAAUGCGUAUACCACGGUCCAGAUGGCGAUGUGGAAGUCGCUGUGAAAGCAAUUCGACCACACUUCAUUGAUGAUAAGGUGUUUCGGAGAGAGCUCGGGAUUUGGAAGAGAUUGCGACAUCGUAAUAUCUUGGAGCUCAUGGGUACUACUCAACACUUCAGUCGAUCUGUGGCUCUGGUUGCUCCGUGGAUAGUCAACGGCAAUCUGUCAUCGUUCCUUGGCCAGAAUAACGAGAUUCUCGGGCCACGUGAUCGGCUACUUCUGCUCCGUGACAUCACCGCUGGCCUCAACUAUCUUCAUACGUUUAGCUUCACUGUAGAUGGACACACGUACUUUAAUCCUGUCAUUCACGGAGAUCUCACUGGAAACAAUAUCCUCAUCAGUAGUGAUAGAACCGCAUGCAUUGCAGAUUUUGGCCUUUCAGGAACUUUAACACGAUUGCCCGGAAUGACGUACCUUGCAAUGAUGAACGGUCAUCCAGGAGCACUGAGGUGGUCAGCUCCUGAACUUUUUUCUGCGGAAGAAUCAGCCGCUGUGGUUACCAUUCAGAGUGACAUUUACUCGUUUGGUAGCGUCAUGCUUCAAGUUUUGACAGGAAAUUUGCCCUGGUGUCACUUGACCCGAGAAUUCCAGAUGUACCAAGUGAUUUUUCAUCGGAAAAAGCAUCCUCGUCCAGCUGACGGCCGCAUCAUCGACCAGCACUGGAAUUUUAUAACCUCCUGCUGGUCAAAUGCACCUAUCGAUCGCCCUUCUGCUGAAGAAGCACUUCAGUUUAUUGAUGAUGAGCUCGUUUUGUACGACCGGGGCAGUGUUGACGGUGGACAGCACCCUACCUUGGUUCCUGUUCCUGGAUAUACACCCCCGGUUAUUGGUUCUGUAGGCCAGCGUCCAUCAUCUACACCAUCUCCUUCCCCACCUUCUAUGCGAUCCACUCAAAUUUGUGCACAACCGCUCCAGCCUGUCCGCUUAUUGCCCCACCUUCCACUCCACCCUCUACAACUACUCCAGCCUGUCCGCUUAUUGCUCCACCUGCUAUUCCACCCUCUACAACUGCUCCAGCAUGUCCGCUUAUUGCUCUACCCUCUACUCUAUCCUCUACAACUACGCCAGCCUUUCCGUUUAUUGCUCCACCUUCCACUUUACCCUCUCAAACAUAUUCGCAAUCAACAGUAUGGGACGAUCCAAGACGACAUUGAGUGAGAUGCUCAAUAUUCAUUCAUGCACAAACGCGAUACUUUACGUAGAACAUAGUUACCAAACCAAGAAUACCCUACACAAUUAUACCACUAACACGAAACCUACCACUCCAACAUCGAAGGAAAAGACUUCGUUGGUCUAGAGUUCGUCACCGAAUGUACCAUAGACAGCUGGGAGUAAGCCUCCCCGCACUUGAAUAGGACUAACUUUGUGUUUGCUGUGGUGCAGCGGUCUUAGUAGUAGUAGCAAGAACAAAAAGGAAAUGUGAAAGGGCGACCCGGCUCCGAUAGCGGCCCCAACCUGUGCAAGAGAGAGCCAAGGUGAGCUUCGAUUCCCA